ACAAAACCCUAAACCCUAAAUCGAAUCUGAAUUUCUUCUCGAUCCUUCUUUUUCACCAUUAUAAUACUCUCUCUGCAGUCUCCACUCUCAACCCAUUUCACCCACCACACUUCCUCCAUUCAAUUCUCUGAUUAACCGCCGUCAUGUAUCGUCUCGCUGCCAAUAUCGCCACCAAAUCACGGAUCGCAAGAAACAGUGCUCAGCAGAUUCGGAACUAUGCUGCUAAAGAUAUUAGAUUUGGAGUGGAUGCUAGGGCUUUGAUGCUUAGAGGUGUUGAAGAGCUUGCUGAUGCUGUUAAAGUUACUAUGGGUCCUAAGGGACGUAACGUGGUCAUAGAGCAAAGCUAUGGAGCUCCUAAAGUGACAAAGGACGGUGUCACCGUGGCGAAAAGCAUCGAGUUUAAAGACAGGGUGAAGAACGUUGGUGCUAGUCUUGUGAAGCAGGUUGCUAAUGCCACCAACGAUGUUGCUGGUGAUGGUACCACUUGUGCAACAGUUCUCACGCGUGCAAUUUAUUCAGAAGGCUGUAAGUCAGUUGCAGCGGGAAUGAACGCCAUGGAUCUUAGACGUGGGAUCACCAUGGCCGUUGAUUCAGUUGUCACAAACUUGAAGAGUAGAGCUAGGAUGAUCAGUACAUCUGAAGAAAUUGCACAGGUUGGUACGAUAUCAGCAAACGGAGAACGAGAAAUCGGGGAGCUUAUUGCCAAGGCUAUGGAAAAAGUUGGCAAAGAGGGUGUUAUUACCAUAUCUGAUGGUAAAACACUUUACAAUGAAUUGGAAGUGGUCGAAGGAAUGAAGUUGGAUAGAGGUUAUAUAUCGCCUUACUUCGUCACCAACACAAAGAACCAAAAAUGCGAAUUAGAUGAUCCUUUGAUUUUAAUACACGAGAAAAAAAUCUCUAGCUUAAAUGCCAUUGUUAAAGUUCUAGAGCUUGCUUUGAAGAAUCAAAGAUCGCUUCUGAUCGUAGCUGAAGAUAUCGAAAGCGAGGCCUUAGCCACCCUCAUUCUUAACAAACUUCGUGCUGGUAUCAAGGUUUGUGCGAUCAAAGCCCCGGGAUUUGGAGAAAACCGAAAGUCAAACUUGCAUGACCUUGCAACGCUUACCGGAGGAGAGGUCAUCACCGAAGAACUUGGCAUGAACCUUGAGAAAAUGUCUCCAGAAAUGCUAGGGACUUGCAAAAGGGUUACAAUAUCAAAAGAUGAUACGGUUAUUCUUGAUGGGGCUGGUGACAAGAAAGCCAUUGAAGAAAGAUGUGAACAGAUUAGAUCAUCAAUCGAAUUAAGCACUUCUGACUAUGAUAAGGAGAAGCUUCAAGAGAGAUUAGCAAAGCUUUCUGGUGGUGUUGCUGUUUUGAAGAUUGGAGGAGCUAGUGAAGCUGAAGUCGGUGAAAAGAAGGAUAGAGUUACCGAUGCUUUGAAUGCCACAAAGGCUGCUGUUGAGGAAGGAAUCGUACCAGGUGGAGGUGUGGCUCUUCUAUAUGCUUCAAAGGAGCUUGACAAUCUUCAGACAGCCAAUUUUGAUCAGAAGAUUGGUGUUCAAAUCAUUCAAAAUGCUCUCAAGGCACCAGUGCACACAAUUGCCAGCAAUGCUGGAGUCGAAGGUGCUGUUAUCGUUGGAAAGCUUUUGGAGCAAGAUAACCCCGACCUCGGUUAUGAUGCCGCUAAAGGUCAAUACGUAGACAUGGUCAAGGAAGGAAUCAUCGAUCCCCUUAAAGUUAUCAGGACCGCAUUGACAGACGCCGCAAGUGUGUCAUCUUUAUUAACCACAACCGAAGCCGUGAUUGUUGAACUACCGAAAGAAGAGAAGGAAUCACCAGCAAUGCCACCAGGCAUGGGCGACUACUAAAGGCGAUAAUAAUAACUCGUUCCAUUUUUCUAUAUAUUAUGAGAAUUUUCAAACUGUACAACGGAUCGUAAUAGUACUUUUGAUAGUUGUUGGUCGACUGGUUUGAGCUUUUAGGGUUUUCUUUCGCUUCUCACGGAUGGACAAUCGUCGUGUAAUUUAGAGGGGUUGGGUUUUGACUUGAAAUUUCGCUAUUGGAGUACGGAGUCGCAUUGUUUGGUAAUAAACUUGAUGCUAUAUAAAUUGGUUCAUGUUAA